AUAUUGCUUACUAGAUCUAUGUGCGGAAAUCUGAUCUGAACACCAUUUUCAUUCAUGCGAUUCGAUUUCCUUGAGUUAGAGCUCUCCAGAACAUCGCAAGUUGAGACAGGAGCAGAAUGAUAGAUAUCACCAUCAAGACCUUGGACUCACAGACCAGGCAGUUCUCUGUAUCAGAGGAUCUGACUGUGAAGGAGUUCAAGGAAAAGAUAGCUGGUUCUGUGGCUAUCUCAGCAGGCACUCAGCGCCUCAUCUUUUGCGGCCAAGUUCUCAAGGAUGAGAAGAAGCUGUCCGAGUAUGACCUCCAUGGAAAGGUCAUGCAUCUGGUGGAAAGGGCGCCCCCACGACCUGCUACCACCACCAGCAGCGGGAGUGCCUCCCAGCAAGGCAGGGGCGGAUCCUCUACCACUAAUGCCCCCUCUCAGCAGCCUGGUCUCUCUGCAAACUCAAAUGAGGUCCAGAACAUUGUCCAGCACAUUCUUGGAGCUAUGGGAGACUUGGGACGCAAUGCCAGAGUGACAUCACAAGCAUCACGUGAUGGUUCGUCUGUGGAUGUACAUAUCAACCUUGGCUCUGUGCUACCUGCUGCAGCACUACACAGUGAAUCUCAUAUGCUGAUGUUCAACAUUCUCUCCAUGAUUCACCAUGCAGAUAAUCUCAUCAAUAGAUUAGAGACCCUCAACCCUACACCAGAGGGUGAAGCCAACCGACCAGCUUGCGAUUCCACCAGUCACGGGGCAUCGGAGCAGACAACAGGUCAAGGUUCAACAACACCUGCAACACCCGCUACAACAUCCACAACUCCAGCAUCAACGGCUCCAGCAACACCAACAACAAGCAGUUGGUCACCAAUGGAGGUGGACUCUACCAGUACUACCACUUCGGCAGCACCGGCAACCUCAGCCGCAACGUCUACCACAGGUUCCGGGAGUCGAGCAACGUCAGCCACUACUGGUACAAACAGUUCAACAAGCAGUGGUGGUAAUGCCCAGUCAACUGGCACACAGACACAUAGUUCAACUACCCCAGGCGCCAGAUAUCCUCGUAUUAGUACAUUGGUGGGAGGAUUUAAUGAAUUACAGCGGUUAUGGCGACGAUUCACUCCCCAUCUUGAGCGGUAUCAAGAGCUGAUGAGAACAGACCCAACAUUCACCACAACCGAGGAACGUGUGCAGGCGCAGACGUCUAUCAAUCUGUGUCAGCAGAUCUUUCACACCCUAGGUCACAUGAAUCAUGCUUUCUCUGAAUUCAUUGUGGACAUGAAUCAACCCACACCUAGACAUGUACGGGCUCCAGCACCACCAGCUACAGUCCCACCUAUGCCUAUGCGUAUGGGUGGAGCCAGUGCACAACCAGUCCAAGUUACAGUUCGAAACCUGAGUAGAGCAGCCCCAGCUUCGGCCCCAGCUCCAACCCCAGCUUCGGCCCCAGCGUCGGCCCCAGCUACAGCCCCAAGCUCUGUCUCGACAUCGGGCGGGGCCCAGCCACAAGCUGGUGCGCAGGCCUUUGUCACUGUCACGUCAGGCUCAGUUGGAGGUAGCAAUAACAACCAGGAGGAAACCACAACCUCCCCCUCCUCCUCGGCACCAGCAGGCCCAACAUCCUCCACGUCCUCAUCAUCAACAUCUGGGGCAACGCCCACCUCCACCACCACCUCCUCCUCCUCCUCCACCACGCCCCUCCCUACUGGACCAGGUCAACCAGUACUUGGUUUCACCCAGCUCCCAGCUGGGAUGUUUCCCCCUGGUCUGAUACCGGGCCUUGCUCCAGGGAUGCCUUUACCCGGUAUCACCAUCCAGAGAACAUCAUCAGGUGGAGGCGCUUUUCCUCACAACAUGAUGCAGGGAGUGGCCCAGAUGAUCAGCCAGCAGAUACAGGCUGCCAUUACCAGUUCCCAUCAACAACAGCCCGGCCAACAACAGCAACCUGGCCAACAGCAAGCCAGUCAACAGCAGAAUGGCCAGCAGGCACAGAGGACUCAAGCUCAAUCAGCCAUGUCGGGUAGUUCAACCACCCGCACCACACCCACGCAGUCUGAUGCUUCAGCCCCGACCAGCGAGCGUUCCACCGGUGGGGUGCACACCUCCCAAACCAACCCGGCCAGCAGCCCCAACCCCAACCAACCCUUCAACACCUUCAACCCCUGGGCACUACUCCAGUGGGAUCCACACCUCCCCUGUAACUCCAGGCACCGUGGUACGCCCCUCAUGACCGCUGGAAACACCCAGCAGCGCAGGCAGCCAGGGCAGCAGGGCAGGGCUGGGGAGCAAGGGGGCAAUGCUGCACCCCAUCCAGCGGGUCAAACUACGGCUCAGCCAGCGGAAGGUCAAGGAGUAGGAGCAAAUCAUGUCCACGCACUCCAGCAGAUGAUGGGAGGACUAGUAGGUGCUCUGGCUAACCCUCCCCCUGGACAGAGAGUUGUUGUCCAGGCCCAUUUAGAGAGACCCAACCAAGCCGGUCGAACAGUGCCCCCCACCUCCACCUCCACCACUGGUAGGCAGAGUACAGGAGGGGGGCAGCAGCAGCCCCCUACCACCAGCUCCCAGCCCCGGCCUGCAGGGCGCAGUCCCACAGGUGCAAGAGGAGCACCCCAGGUCUCUCUCCAGCAGCUCUCCAACAUGAUGAUGGCAAUCCAGGCCAGGGCUCUUCAAGGGGGUAAUAGCCCCACUGUGGAGCAAUUCCUCAUCAACCUAGACAUGGACCACUCCUUUGGUGAAGGGACUGUCUUGGAGCUUCUGGAAGUCCUACAGCAGAACCUGACCAUGGCGGACAUGAUGGCCUUGGUGACGGGUAACAUGGCUCCCGUAGGUCGUCUCAGGGGUCGUCUCCAAGAGUUUGUCAGAACAAGAGCCUUAGACGGGCAGGAGGCUACGCCGGAUAAUAUUCAGAUUGGAGUUACUAGGAUGAAUUCCGAAAUGGAACCAUUCAUAGAAGAAUUUACGAGAGAUACACCAAACCAACACAAUGUAGAUAUCAUUGCAACGAUACAGAGGAUAAGUAGUGAAGCUGCUACUCGUUUCAUCUCGUCAACACUUAAUGAAAGUUUACAGGACUAUCCCAAUGAAAUCAGACUCAUUAUGAAUAAUUUUCUCCAGCAAAUAGCAGCUGCCUUUAUCUAUGUACUAGGGAGUGAACAUGAUGCAGUCAGCUAUUUCCAGCUGAGAAUGACUGCCUAUCUAUCCCAAGGUAGCCCUGAGCUGAGUGCCUUUGGUAUGCCGAUCAUCCUAGCCAAUGUGCAGGCCUUCAUGAAUGCCAGGACGAUCACAGAGCAAGAUGUCAUGCCCUACAUGGUGUAUCAAGAGGACACUCCUGCAGUACCUCGAGCCGCCCAGGAGAGCGCGGCCAGAGUAGAAACAACAACCUCAAACCCAGUGCAAUCUACCCCAUCAUCCGUUGCUAUGCCAGUGGAUAGCUGCAGCAUGGCACGAGGCAGAGGUGGAGAGGAGGACAGGGAAUCAGAGAGCAGUGAUGAGACGAUGGAAUUUGAGGAUGCCAUUGAAGUGCAGGAGCCAGCCAGAGCUGUGCAAGACCCCUCCCCUGGAGCAAGGAGCACAGCACCCACACAGCAGCCAGCUAGACCAGCAGCAAUCCCUAUAGGUGGGCCCACAGCCAGACCAAUGAGGAGAAGCAGUCCAGCUGAAGCCCUGGCUAUGGAUGCUGAUAAUUGGCAAGCUCAUGUUGAUCCGGAGUGGAUACCCGUAAUCACGCAGGACAUCACUCGUCAAAGACGCCAGACCCCUCAGGCACCCCUCAGUGAUGCCUAUCUCACUGGCAUGCCAUCUAAGAGAAUUAAGCUAUCCCAGGACAGGAAACCAGCCGUAGGUCACGACACUCGACCCCUGGUCUCAAACCUCCUACAGAGGGCGGUACGCUCAGUGGGAGCUAGUCCUGUCACCAGUGAGGAGCGCUUCGCAAACGAUAUCCAGACAAGCCCUGGACUAUCGGAGGCGUGCGAUGAGCAGAUAAAGAGCGUCAUCAGGCAACGUCUGCGACAGGACCCGGAUUACGACGCCCAAAAGUUCCCUCAUACGGAGGAUUAUUUCCACAAGAAGUGAACUGAGAGACUUUGAGAUUCGAUAUAGACAUUGGAUCACGAGCACACCAUGAUGUAGCCAAUUUGACUUUAAGUUCUUUGAUCUAGUGCACAUGGAGAAUUACGUAAAGCGGUAAUGUGAUCGGUAUAUAAUGAUUAUUAUGUAAUGGUUUUACUUCUCACUCAGAUGCAUUUUAACACAUAAGACCCGGUACUAUACUAGUAGAGGGUUCUUGGUCUAGUGGAUAACAAUAUCUAAUUUCCUUUGGCAAGACAUUAACCAACAUUUGCCUCUCUUCACCCAGGUAUAGUUAGUGGGUAUCUGGUCAAUUCCUUUAAUGCUUGCAAUGCAUGAGCACCUUAUCAUGGUAGUUUGGCUGAAGCCUGGGUAGUAAGAGUGCAGGGCUCUAAAGUUCAUCACACACUAUAAAAUCCUCCUGUAAUCCCCAAAAAUGGUGAUUCUAAAUAAUGAUAAGAGUUCCAAUGAUAGGAACGUUAGUGUAUUUAUCUCUUCUACAUAUGUAGUCAGAAUAAAAGCAGAUUAUCUUCAAAUCGUAGACAAUCGUGCACGACUGGUGUGACGUUACUUCAAUUCUGAGCCGAUUAGCCUUUCUCUUCCCCAAGGAAGCUUGAAAUUCCAUGAAAUUUAGAUUUUAUUAACCAUAUAAUUAUUCAGAUUCUCAGUCAUUAUGAUUUUACAUGUUUGAAUGUUCAUGUCAAAAAUGCCAUUGCAAAUUCUUUCGAAAUCGGAUCGUAGUUUUGGAACAGUGCUGAUGGUAAAAUCUAUCCCCCCCCCCCUUUUUUUUGUUUGAGGUGAGGGGACUGGGUUAAAAAGUUUUCACAGGUUUCACUAAGACACUUUUCUUCAAUUUAUGUGUAUGUGUGACUGUUUUGGAAUUGUUUGUUUGUGUGUUAAAAUAAGUUGUAAUGAGAAGACCGGUUGAAAUCCAAUUCACUGUGUUAUCAUCAAGUUGUUCAAGCCUUCAAAGCACUGUUUUUAAAUGAUAGAUAUGAACACACA